AUGCACUCCAAAUGUGCUGGUUGUGACAAGUCUUUAAAGAAAAUAAGAGGUAAAAAAAAAUUGAUACGUCACGAGGAUGAAGCAAAUACUUUUGCUCAUUUACUUCAACAAAAUAUAAUUGUCAACGAUAUUAUAUGUAGUAAAUGUCGACUCUCUAUUUAUAGGAAGCAGAAACCCGAAAUAGAUCCUACAUUAGAAACCGAAAAUGAUCUUCCUUCCUUUGAAUCGACUUCCGAUGAUCCAACAUUCGAAGUUCAGUUGAAAUCAAAGGAAGCUAUUUCUGAGAUUGAAUAUGUUGAAAUUCCUAUUCAGAGGACUGUUGCUACACAUAAAUACUGUUGUAUUUGCUUUUCCAUACAAAACCUAACUGUAAUUCCUGAUGAAGCUCAAAUGCAAUCUUACAUGAAAAAGAAAAUUUACAUUCCAGCUGGAAACCGAUGUUGUCGAACUCACGUAAUAAAAAAUCGAAUAUAUGAAGAAGAACUUGAUCUUUUGAAGGUACACUCUAAUACAACGAGUCUAAGUGUGUUGGAGUUAUCUAAAGUAAUGGAAACUCUUUCCAUCAAAUGUUAUUCGACAUUAUUUGACAACAUCGGUGAUUUUAGUUUGUCAGAAAAACAACUUGAAGUUUUUACGGGAUUAACUUGGGAAAAUCUUAUUCAGAUAAAAGAUAUGAUGACUUCAUUGCGAAACAGUCAAUCCCGUUCAGUGAUCCAAGCUCUCGUUGUGUUUCUUUUCAAACUACGUACAGGGAAUUCCAAUAAAAUGUUAGCUUCUAUUUUACAACUAGAAAAUGAACAGGUAGUCUCAGAAUAUUCUUCUAGUAUAAUCAAAUCUUUUAAAAAUGACGUUUUACCACAACGUUUUGGCUUAAGUUCUCUUAAUAGAGAUGAUCUUAUUCAAAAUCAUACUACGGAAGUUGCAAAAAAAUUGUUUGAUAUUGGUGAUAAUUUAUUUUUGAUUUAUGACGGUACGUAUGCACGACAUCAAAAAAGUACCAAUAAUGAAUAUCAAAGAAAAUCUUUCUCUGGGCAGAAGAAAGUUCCCCUUUGUAAGCCAUUCACUAUCUGUACAACUGACGGAUAUGUGGUUGACAUGCUUGGACCAUAUCUUGCAAACCAAAAUGAUGCGGAAAUUCUGAAAACUAUCAUUCAAGAUCCAAACGGUUUAUGCAAAUUCUUGAAAAAAAAUGAUACCUUUGUUCUUGAUCGCGGCUUUCGAGAUAUAGUAAAUGACUUAGAAGAAAAUAAUUUCAAAGUAUUAAUGCCUGCUUUAAAAGGAAAAAGAAAGCAAUUGACCACGGAAGAAUCUAAUCACUCUCGUUUUGUAACUAAAAUUCGAUGGGCAGUUGAAUCUGUUCACGGUGUACUCAAACAAAAAUAUCGUUUUUUGGACCAUAAGAUAGAUAAUAAAUUGAUACCGAAAGUUGGAAUGUAUUUUAGAAUUGCGGCGUUUUUGAAUAAUACUUUCGGAAAAAGGUUACAAUCUGAUGCAGAAACUUUAGAUAAAAUUGUGCAAAGAAUGAAGGACCAAAAAGAUAUUCAAAACACUUUGGCUACUGAAAUAGAGGAAAAAGGAUGGCUCCGCCGAAAAGUAUGUUUCAAAAGAGUUACAUCAAAUGACAUUUUGGAUUUUCCAGAAAUGAGCACAAAUGAUUUAAAAAUUUUAUUCACCGGAUCUUAUCAACUUUCUCAAGCGGUAUCAUAUUUGGCAGAAAUGGUUGAUAAAGACGGCGAAAUAAAUCUUGA